AACAAAUUAUGUUAAAUUAAUAAUAUUGAGCGCGAAACUAAACAACAACACUAAUCUGAUUUAAUUUGCGCCUCGCUCAAAAAGAGUCGGUGUAAGUUUAGUGUUUAUCAAUAAGCGCGCAUGAGUUAAACGUGCACGCUUGGAAUUUGUACGUCACGAUCAAAAUUUAAUAUAAAUACACAGCCUUGCGAUUACUUUUCAUUCGUACCGAAUUGUGGUAAGAGUGGUGGUGAAAUAAACUUGAAAAUAAAUACAUCAAAAAGUUUGAAAAAUCAAAAAUCAUGGAAAACGGGACGACGAAUGGUGCUUCCUCGGAAUUUUUUAACCUUAAGAAUAUGCAUCAUAUUGUCAAGGCACUGGAUAGAAAUCAGAAGGUGCUAGACAAUAUCCUACAUGACAUUGGAAAUACUCCCUUAGUAAAAUUAUCAAACAUUCCCAAGGAAGAAGGAAUAGAGUGUGACAUGUAUGCAAAAUGUGAGUUUUUGAAUCCCGGUGGUUCAAUUAAGGAUCGCAUUGCAUUUAGAAUGAUUACGGAUGCCGAAGAAAGGGGUCUUCUCAUACCAAAAAAGUCUGUUAUUAUUGAGCCAACAUCUGGUAACACAGGAGUGGGCUUAGCUCUUGCGGCUGCAGUAAAAGGAUACAGAUGUGUAAUUGUAUUGCCCGAGAAGAUGUCAGAUGAGAAAGUUAAUACCAUGAAGGCUCUCGGUGCUGAAAUCAUAAGGACACCAACAGAAGCCCCAUCUUCUUCCCCAGAGAGUAACAUUGGUGUUGCUCGUCGGUUGGUCAAGGAAAUUCCAAAUGGUGUAUUACUUGAUCAAUACAACAAUCCGAACAACCCUAUCGCCCACUACGAUGGUACCGCGGAGGAGAUUCUGUGGUCUCUUGACGACGACAUCGAUAUGGUGGUGAUCGGUGCCGGCACCGGCGGCACCAUCUCCGGCACCGCGCACAAGAUCAAGGAGAGGAACCCCAACUGUGUGGUGGUGGGAGUCGAUCCCUACGGCUCGAUACUGGCAGAACCUGAUGAGAUUAACAAAACCGACAUCACAAUGUAUGAGGUGGAGGGUAUCGGCUACGACUUUUUCCCGAAGACGAUCGACCGGAAGGUCGUGGACAGAUGGGUGAAGACCGACGACUUCAACUCCCUCAACAUGGCCAGACGACUCAUACAACAAGAAGGCCUCCUAUGCGGUGGCAGCAGCGGCGCGGUGAUGUGGGGCGCGCUGCAGGCGGCACGCGGGCUGAAGCCCGGACAGAAGUGUGUGGUCAUCCUGCCCGACAACAUCCGUAACUACCUCACCAAGUUCAUCUCCGACCAGUGGAUGGAGGCCAGGGACCUCAAGGUCGUCGAUGACAAGAAGAACUUGUGGUGGUGGAAUCUCCCCGUCCCAGAGGAGCUGCCGCAGCCGGUGACGACGGUGUCCAAUAACAGCUCCCCGGUGGAGGCGCUCGCCCUCCUCUACCGUACCAAGGCCACCGCGGUGCUCGCGGUCGAUGACAAGCAAGUAAUAACUGGAGUAUUCACUGCUGAUGACGCAAGAAAAAGACUCGCGAAUUUAUCAGGUUCUACUACUGAGCUGCUGUCCAAAUUUUUAGUGAAGAAAUUCUACAAAGUCAACCUGAGUAAAAAUCCAACAAUAGGAAAAGUGUCUCGCAUGCUGGAUAUCUCACCUUAUGUAGUUGUUUUAAACGCAGACCCGAUAACGAAAGUUGAAGUACCAGUUGGUUUAAUCACAUCAGGAGACUUACUUCAUUAUAUCACAAAAACCAAAUGAAAGAUGUUGCAGCAGACCCAAUGAAAUAUAAAGCAAAUAGUGGCAUUUCAUAAUAUUAUAAUAUGUGCAUUUUAUAUUAAGUAUACAAUAUAUACU